AUCAAUGAACUGAGCCAUGUUCAAAUCCCUGUUAUGUUGAUGCCAGAUGAUUUCAAAGCAUACUCAAAGAUAAAGGUGGACAAUCACCUUUUCAACAAAGAAAACAUGCCAAGUCAUUUCAAAUUUAAGGAAUAUUGUCCAAUGGUUUUCCGUAAUCUAAGAGAGAGGUUUGGAAUUGAUGAUCAAGACUUUCAGAACUCAUUGACAAGAAGCGCACCCCUUGCCAAUGAUUCCCAAGCACGCAGUGGUGCCCGCUUUCAUACGUCUUACGACAAAAGAUAUAUCAUCAAAACUAUAACAAGUGAAGAUGUAGCAGAAAUGCACAACAUACUGAAGAAAUACCAUCAG